AUGGCUUCCACAUCAAAGAAUAUCAGAAGGUGUCACGAUGGCGACAAUAGAUCAAAGGACCCAUCCCUCACCCCAGUGACCUACUACCCCCUCGACACCCAACAACAGCACAUGAAGAUGCAGCAGCGCAUGGCCGGCAAGCCCUACGCGCACUACUUCCACGACCCACCGCUCUACAUCAGCCGCGAGGCCCUCGACGCCACCGCCGCGCCAAUCGCCAACCCGGCAAGGGACGUGCUGCCCCUGUCGCAGGCCCGCAGGCUGCUGGAGCCGGGCGACCACGCCGUCGAGAACGGGUGGCACGCCUCCCCCGACGGGGCGGGCUACGUCGCCUCCAGGACGCGCUUCCCCGGCGCGACGGGCACGAUGGUCGACUGGUGGUUCUGGUGGCACAGCGUCGAGGCGGAGCGGUACGCGCUGUGGCACCCGCACAGCCACCGCGGCGUGCGGUCAAACUACGCGUGGUGGACGACGAGCGACUUCACGCCCGACGUGCGCAGGGACGCGGCCACGGGGAGGCGGGUGCCGGUCCUCGAGAGGGAGGACGUCGCGCACCGGCACAGGUGGCUCGGCGCGACGCACACCGUCAGCGAGCUCGUCGGCCCGCUGCGCGUGGAGCUGCGGGUCGAGUUCAAGGAGCCGGGGUAUUUCGGCCUGGGCACGUGGGAGGAGCUCAGGGAGGCUGGGUAUGAGGCUGCGGUGUGCGGGCUGCUGUGGGACAAGGCGCUGCCGCUGAAGGUUGGGGAUAUGAUCCACCUGUGGAGGAGGACUGAGGACGGGCUGGAGCUCCGGAGCCGGUAUUAUCUUGCUCAUGAGGUGUACGUGGAUAUCUUCGGGGCGAGGGUGUCGGUGGACUGGCUUGGUGGUUUGUUGGGCAUCAAACGCGCGGCGGCGGGCGAGAGGGUCGCCUAUGAACAGCUGCUGCAUGACCAGACCGAGUUCACCAACCUGGCAAGCUUUCUCCCUGAGAUUUACAGGGAGUUUGGGCAAAAGAAAGGCCAGGGCGUGCGUACAUCCCCGGUGAAGUCACAGAGCCAGUCUGUAGACAGCAGCUAA